AUGGCUGCUCACGGGGGCUCCGCGGCGUCCUCGGCGCUGAAGGGGUUAAUUCAGCAGUUUACCGCCAUCACCGGUGCAAGUGAAAGUAUAGGGAAACAUAUGCUUGAAGCCUGCAACAAUAAUCUGGAGAUGGCGGUAACUAUGUUUUUGGAUGGUGGAGGAAUCGCUGAAGAGCCCAGUACCAGUUCAGCAAGUGUCUCCACUGUCAGACCACACACAGAAGAAGAAGUUCGUGCCCCAAUUCCUCAAAAGCAGGAAAUAUUGGUGGAACCAGAACCUUUGUUUGGUGCUCCUAAAAGACGGCGGCCUGCACGUUCAAUAUUUGAUGGCUUCCGGGAUUUUCAAACUGAAACUAUUCGGCAAGAGCAGGAAUUAAGAAAUGGAGGGGCAAUAGAUAAGAAACUAACUACCCUUGCAGAUCUGUUCCGGCCACCCAUUGACUUGAUGCAUAAAGGCAGCUUUGAAACAGCCAAAGAGUGUGGCCAGAUGCAGAAUAAGUGGCUGAUGAUAAACAUUCAAAAUGUGCAAGACUUUGCAUGCCAGUGCCUCAACCGUGAUGUGUGGAGCAAUGAAGCUGUGAAGAAUAUUAUCCGGGAACAUUUCAUUUUCUGGCAGGUUUAUCAUGACAGUGAGGAAGGUCAGAGAUACAUACAAUUUUAUAAGCUAGGGGAUUUCCCCUAUGUUUCCAUCUUGGACCCACGGACAGGUCAGAAGCUAGUAGAGUGGCACCAAUUAGAUGUCUCUUCUUUCUUGGACCAAGUGACAGGAUUCCUGGGUGAACAUGGGCAACUGGAUGGACUUUCUAGCAGUCCUCCCAAAAAAUGUGCCCGUUCAGAGAGCCUUAUAGAUGCAAGUGAAGACAGCCAGCUAGAAGCUGCCAUCAGAGCCUCCUUGCAAGAGACACACUUUGAUUCAACACAGACAAAACAGGAUAGCCGCUCAGAUGAAGAAUCUGAGUCUGAACUUUUUUCUGGUAGUGAGGAAUUCAUAUCUGUUUGUGGUUCCGAUGAAGAAGAAGAGGUAGAAAAUCUUGCCAAAUCCAGAAAGUCUCCCCACAAAGAUUUGGGGCAUAGAAAAGAGGAGAACAGAAGGCCAGUAACUGAACCCCCAGCCAGGACUGAUCCUGGAAUGGCUACAAACCACCAAGGAUUGCCAGGUGUGGAUUCAGAAGUACUGGAGAUUUCACCUGAAAAAGCUGAUGGAAUAGUGGAGGGGGUAGAUAUAAAUGGACCAAAAGCACAGCUGAUGUUGCGGUAUCCAGAUGGAAAAAGGGAACAGAUCACUCUUCCAGAGCAAGCUAAACUGCUAGCUUUGGUGAAGCAUGUCCAGUCUAAAGGAUAUCCAAACGAACGUUUUGAACUUCUCACCAAUUUUCCUCGAAGGAAACUCUCACACCUGGACUAUGACAUUACAUUACAAGAGGCAGGCCUUUGUCCUCAAGAGACUGUCUUUGUACAGGAAAGAAAUUAA